AAGCGCUUCUUCUCCACAGAUUGUGAAUAGGCGUCCAAUUUCGGGGCAGGCUCACGGCGUCGACGUGCCGUCUGUAGUUCGUUGAGGCGCUGUUUCGUCUUUCUUACCUAAGGCCCUACGCCAUUUGGUGCCACAUGCCACUCUUCAAGGUUCAUUUUCCGCAAGGGCUCCACCACAGCGAUGGGUUUUGCACGUUGCUCCACCAUGAUGGAAUGCCCAGGCACAGGCCUUCCAAGAUUCGAUGGGAGCGGGGGCCUGUCCUUGCUUCUGCCCUUGAGCGGAGCGCGCAACAUGGGCACACACCGCUUCUCGUCUCAAGGCCUUCUCUUCCGCCUACCGAUUUGGAACAUCUCGUACCUCGCCACCGUGUCGGUAGUGCAUCCCCCGAGUCCAGCCUAGCCGGGCUAUCGAUUGCCUGCACGUGGGUGGAAUCUCCUACCACUUCCGAGCGCGCACUAACAUGCACCCUUACCCGUACCAUCAUUAAUCAUACCAGAUGUUCUUUUCUCAUACCAGAGCCAAAAAAGCACCAUACAAUGCAUACCAAUUACCCAACUAAAGCUCUUGCCAUGGUAAAUUUGCUGCGACCAUAGGCGGCUUGCAGACCCCACCAGCCACAGCAGUAUCGCGAUCCGUUUGGAGUAACUUCGGAAGCCACUUCGCCUUCACCUGGAUAACCGGAUUGCUCCUAGAACGUGACGAGAUGAUGAUGUUGAUUCGGUCUCGGGCUCCAGCCUGGGCCAAGGAUGGACAAGUGCUCGUAUCCGCACAUCUUCUCGUACCCAUGCCAUGGCAUGAUCGGAAAACUUCGAAUUAUGCGUCGGCGCUUUCCAGUUUUCGGGCAGAUUAAACGCGCAUCAUCGUAUAAGAUUGGGAUGCUCUU